AUGGGGACAUUCGUAGCUGACAUUCACCAGGUUACUCUUGCUCUCUGCCUGACUGGUGGCAUGUCUCCUAUCCGGGGGUUGUGUGUAUUCCCUGCGCAACUAGUUGCCGGAAUUGCUGCAGCGGGCGUGACAAGUGCCUUGUUCCCGGGCCCGCUAAACUGCGAGACCCGACUUGGCGGUGGUGCAUCAAUUUCGCAAGGACUCUUCAUUGAGAUGUUCUUGACGACCCAGCUGGUGUUCGUUAUCAUCAUGUUGGCGGUGGUGAAGCACAAGUCUACCUAUUUAGCUCCAGUGGGAAUUGGUCUGGCUUUUUUUGUUGCAGAAAUGAUUGGUAUCUAUUAUACCGGAGGAUCUCUCAACCCUGCUCGCUCUCUCGGACCGGAUGUGAUCAACCGCUCAUUUCCAGGAUAUCACUGGAUCUAUUGGGUCGGUCCUCUGCUCGGGUCCCUUCUUGCCUCGGCGUUCUAUCAUAUCCUUCGUAUCGCACAUUGGGAGAAAACCAAUCCUGGCCAGGAUUAUAACGAGGAAGAAGUAGCAAGAAAGCAGUCCUUGAUUGGUUCGCAGGAUACCACCACUGCCAAUUCCCCUCAGAGUCCAUUCUCUAGAAGGGAAGUUCCAUUCGAUGAGCAUGUUUAG